AGAAAACAUCAAGAUGAUGCCAAACGCUUCCCCUGCAAGUACUGCAAGAAGUAUAGGGGAUCCAAUGGUUUCAAGCGUAGAGAUCAUCUCACACAACAUGUCCGGAGUUAUCACCAUAUUGGCGAGAAUGACGGGGAUAAAUACGGAACGUACGGAUCUUAUUGGUGCCCAAAAAUAGAAUGUAUCCAUCACAAGGAGUCUCCUUACGGGUUUGGAAACUGGGGUGCAUUCUCUGCCUUGGCAGAAUACAUCAAACACAUGCGUAAUGUCCACGACGAGUCCGACUUCCCGUGCCCACAACCUGGCUGCGACCGCGUGGAUAGCAAGGGCUACUUCCGUAAGGCCGAUCUUCGCAACCAUCUUCGCAAGGUCCACGGC